CACAGUCGCUGCGAACUGCUCCACCUAUUGGUCGGCUGCACGCUAUAACGCUAUGUCUGCAGUCGGUACCUGGACUGGGGGGUGCCGCGUACCGGCUACUGCGCCGCUGCGCGAAUUUUACGGGUUACCCGAAUGUACUUGGAACCUGAGUGCAACGCUGCCUCCGUCUGGGGCGCUACCCUCCAGGUACUUGCGACCGCCCGAAUAAGUCUGGACUGGGCCCCGUUCGGGGUGCCCUGGCCAAGCCUCCACGAUGCCUGGAAAGCGCUCCCAUGGAACCAAGUUGCAUCUGGUUUUCAUGUGUACUCUAUAUUAACGUCACUCACCCGCACACACUCUUUUUUCUCUCCUCUUCCCUCUUUUCUCUGUCCUGUCCUGUAUCCUCUGUGCUCUAUCCUGAACAUCAUCAUCUCUAUCUUUCCCGUCUCCGAGACACGGUGCUUUUACGCUUUUGCACAACCUGAAUCAUAUCCACUACGUAGUUGGACGCCUGAGCCGUGCAUGUGACGCUUGCCACACAAAAUUCCAGACCUCAGGAACCAAACCACCACAACUUCUUAGGGCCGAACUCUACCUAUCUUUUGCCCAAGCAUUCCUCUCGCCUCUUCGGCA